AUUUUUUCUAUUUUCUUUUAUUUUUUCUAGUGUUUUUUUUUAAAAACGAAAAUUUUUUCAAAAAAACAAAUGGACAAUCUAAAUGAUCGAUUUAAAGAAAUGUUUGAAAUGAUUGGUUCAUCCUUAUCGAAUAUAAUAUUACCAUUUGAACAUCCAUUAUAUACACAGAUUCAACAACAACAACAACAAUUACCAUUACCAUCAUCAACAUCAACCAGUAAUCCACAAUCAUCAUCAUCAUCAAACAAUCGACCAAAAAGUAUAAGAAGUACACGUUCCGGAACAUCAUUACGAUCACGUUCACGUUUACGAAUGGCAAAUAAUAGUAAUAGUAAAAAUACACGUUCAAAAAGUAAACGUCAUCAUCAUCAUCACCAUCAUCAUCAUCAUCAACAACAACAACAACAAAAUUCAAAUACAAAUAAUAAUAAUCAAACAAUAGAAAAAUCAACAAAAAGUCGUCGUACACGUGAAACAACAACAAUGGAUAAAAAUAAUCGUAGCAUGGAUGUAACAUCAACAUCAGAUAAAUAUAAUGAUAAUUCAUUACCAUUUGCAAGUGGUUUAAAUGUACAUUUAUCUGAUCAACAACAACAACAACAAUCAACAGCAAUUGAUCGUCGUUAUAGUUGUUCAGUAUUUUUUAUACAAUGUAUACAACAUCGUAAAAUUGCAUUAACAAAACCAUCCAUACGACAAGCAGUUUGGAUGCCAUUUAUGCCAAUGCCAAUGAAUAAAAGUUGGAAUGAAGGUGGUCUUGCUGGUCUUCUAAUUGUAUUAUCUAAUGGUGAUAUGGAUACAUUUGUACAAUUGAAAAAUCGUCCACCAUUUCAAGAUCGUUGGAUUAUUGAAGUUGCUGCUAUACAAUUACCACAAACAUUAGAAUUGAUUAAUCGUAUUACAUGGAUGAUAAAAUUGGAUUCAAAAUCAAAUUUUAAAUGUUGCCAGGAUAAUGAUUCAUUAAUUUGGGUUGAUGAAAAUAAACUUGAUUCCGGUACAUUGGAAUAUAUGUGGGGACCAGAGUUGAUUGAUUUUUACCGGUUACAUAUACAAUCAUCAUCAUCAUCAACAUCAUCAACAACAACAUCACCACCAACAAUGAUACCAUCACCAACAAUAGGUUUAAAUAAUAAUGAUGAUAUACAUAAAGAUAGAUCAAAAUCAUAUUGGUGUAGUUUAAGUACAACAACUGGUCAUAAAAGUAGUUUUGUUGAAUAUAGUUUGGAUUCAGCAUUUCAAUUUUUACCACGUAAUCCACCACGUACUGAUGAAGAAGCAAUGUUACUUAGUUCAAAUUUAUCGGAAAAAGAUAUUGAACGUUUAUAUAGUGAUUUUCUUGAUCAUUGUUUUCCAUCAAUGGCAAUGGCAUUUCAUUCAUUUCGUGUUUAUAUGACUAAAUAUGGUUUUCAAUUUGAAGAUGAACGUUUAACGCAUUUAUUUUUUGCAUUCAAUUAUAAUUCAAAUGGUUCGAUAACAUUUCCCGAAUUAUUAAUGGGUUUAGCUUGUAUUGAUUGUCAUUCAAUACAUAAUGAAGUACGAGCAAAAUUUGUAAUGCGUUAUUAUGAUGUACAUAAACGUAAUUUUCUAACACGUGAUGAUAUUCGUCAAAUGAUAACAGCUAUACAUCCAAAAUUAAAACGUGAUGAAGCUGAAUUUAAAUUAAAUGAAACAUUACAAGCAAUGGAACCAAAUAUGACCGAUAUAAAUCGAAUAUCAUAUAAAGCAUUUGUCGGUGCUGUUGGUAGUCAUCGUUUUCGUGGUACAUCAAAAUUAUGUCGUGCAGAUCGACCUGUGUUUCAAAUGAUAACCAAUAUCAUAUUUACCCGACGUAAAAAACGUAGUGGACAUGAAUUUAAAUGGUCAUCAGUAAUUGAAGAAGCAUAUUCCGGUAUUUGUUCGAAUUGUAAAGAAAAACAAUCGAUACUUUGUAAUUAUUUAUUACGUAUCGAUAGUAAUGGUUAUGUUGAAUCACGUCAUCGUUUACGAUCAUUUAAACGACGACAUCGUGUCGAUGGUGGUAAAUCACGUUCAACAUAUUCAUCAUCAUCAUCAUCAAAUUCAAAACGUAAACAUAAAAAUAAUUUAUUUCAUAAAACCGAUGAUGUUGAUUUUGAAAUAUUGAAUAUUGCCUGGUCAUUAAUACGAAUGAUAAGAGAUUUUUCAUUGAUUAAAGGUGAUGUUAAAAGACCGAAUGGUUUUAUGGCUAAUAAUCAUAAAGAAUGGCAACAAUUAUAUGAAUGGUUAUUAUUAUUGGAAAAAAGAGUAGCUGAACAAUUAGAAACCGAAUAUCGUUGUGUACAGGUAAAUUCACCUGCAUAUAUUAUCGGUGAUAUACAUGGUAAUAUUGAUGAUUUACUUACAUUGGAACAAUGUCUUUGGAAACAAUUUCCAGCUAUUGAUGCAAAUCUAAUAUUUUUAGGUGAUUAUGUUGAUCGUGGUCGUUGGUCAAUUGAAUGUGUUAUUUAUUUAAUGUGUUUGAAAAUUUUAAUGCCAAACAAAAUGACAUUGUUACGUGGUAAUCAUGAAGUUCGACCAUUACAAGCACAUUAUUCAUAUAAAGCUGAAUGUUUAACAAAAUAUGGUGAAGAAAUUGGUGGUAAAAUAUGGGAAUUAACUAAUCGUAUGUUUGAUCGUUUACCAUUAUGUGCUAUUAUUGAUGAAGCAAUAUUUUGUGCACAUGGUGGUAUACCUCGAAGUACAAUUGAAAUUGGUGAAAUACAACGUUUAGAUAAUUAUAUGCCUGAACCAGAACAUUCAUUUCCAAUUGCAUGGGAAAUUUUAUGGUCUGAUCCAAUACAUCAACAACAAUUUUUAGAAUUAGCAUGUCUGAUGAAUGGUGUUGAAGAUCCUAGAGAAGGAUUCUUACCGAAUCGUAAACGUGGAACGGCAUUUGUUUUUAAUGAAGAUGCUGCAACAAAAUUUCUUAAACAUAAUGGCCUUACACAUAUUGUACGAGCACAUGAAGUACCAACAAAUGGUUUCUUUUUUCAUUUUGAUAAAAAAUGUGCAACAAUAUUUUCUAGUUCACAUUAUUGUGGUAAUAAUAAUGAAUGUGCUGUUAUGUUGGUUGAAGGUGAUUCAAUACGUAUUAUACGUAUUGAUACGACGAAUAAUCCAUCGGCAACCGAUUAAAAAUCAACAGCCAAAAAAGACAAAAAAAAAAGAAAAAGAAAAAACCUAAAAUGAAUUUCAAUUUUUCAAAUAAAAAUCUAGAAAAAAGAAUGUGUUUCUGUGUGUGUGUGUUUUG